CCACCAGUCGUCCUCAAUCGAAGCUCGCCUUAGUGGGGAAUGCCGCGGAUUUAGGCCCUGGAUAGAUGCUCCCGGACGCCACCCCACCCCAAUCCAGGUCAUCUCUACAAGGUCCAUUGAUGGCAAUCUCUUCGCUGAGACCUUCCCUAAGGACCCAGGCAUUCAGACCCCAGCCAGAACUCAACCUGGGAUCCAUCUUCAACAUCCCAUUUCACCUCAGAGGCCCAGCCCCCAGGCAUCCUGCUCCAAAGCCGGAACAACAAACUAGGACCCAAACAAUUUCUGCUGCACUUCCCCUGCCCCCUGCUCAGUCCAUCACUCUGGAGGGAACCUAGGUAUCCCACCCAACCCAAGGCCCAUCGCGUCCCAGAGUACUUAGGCACCCCCGCCCCCCUCCCCCCCCCACUCCCCUGCCCACCCCAUAUCAGCCCAGAACCAGACUUCCCGCCCUCAGACUCAGCCCUUCCCGGGAACCCAGGCAUCCUAGUUUCCAGCUUCGUCCAUCACCUCACACCGUCUUCUAGACGUCCUGUUCCCCCAGCCCUGGCCGCAGUGACACCGUAAACCCAGGAGGCCAGCAGGCAGCAAGAAGAAGGGCGGGAGGAAGCGGGAGGGGCCAGGACGCCCCCUCGCGGAGCCCUGAGUGCCCGGGUCCCCUCCUCCCGUCUUCACCUGCUGAGGGCCCCGCCCCCGCUCCGCCUCGGCCGGCCUCUGCUCCUCCCCGGCUCCUCCCCCCGUACCCCCAUCCCGGCCAGAACGGCCCCCGGGACAGAGCGACGCGGAACCCCGGGCGCCUGGGUCCCCAGCAUGAUCCUCGGCAGCCUGAGCCGGGCAGGGCCCCUGCCUCUGCUACGGCAGCCCCCCAUCAUGCAGCCGCCACUGGACCUCAAGCAGAUCCUGCCCUUCCCACUCGAGCCGGCCCCUACCCUUGGCCUCUUCAGCAACUACAGCACCAUGGACCCUGUGCAGAAGGCUGUGCUCUCCCACACUUUUGGGGGACCCUUGCUCAAGACCAAGCGGCCUGUCAUUUCCUGUAAUGUCUGUCAAAUCCGCUUCAAUUCUCAGAGCCAGGCUGAGGCACACUACAAGGGUAAUCGCCACGCCCGACGAGUCAAAGGCAUUGAGGCCGCCAAGACCAGAGGCAGGGAGCCUGGCGUCCGAGAACCUGGAGACCCAGCCCCCCCAGGCAGCACCCCAACAAAUGGGGAUGGUGUAGCACCCCGUCCAGUUUCCAUGGAGAAUGGACUGGGGCCAGCCCCAGGAUCCCCGGAGAAACAGCCUGGCUCCCCAUCCCCUCCCAGCAUUCCGGAGACUGGUCAGGGUGUAACCAAGGGUGAAGGGGGGACUCCAGCCCCAGCUUCCUUGCCUGGGGGUAGCAAGGAAGAGGAGGAGAAAGCCAAGCGGCUGCUCUACUGUGCUCUGUGCAAGGUGGCUGUGAACUCCCUGUCCCAGCUUGAGGCACAUAACAAAGGUACUAAGCACAAGACAAUUCUGGAGGCCCGAAGUGGGCUGGGGCCCAUCAAAGCUUACCCUCGGCUGGGGCCUCCCACCCCGGGGGAACCAGAGGCUCCUGCCCAGGACCGAACUUUCCACUGUGAGAUCUGCAAUGUCAAGGUCAACUCGGAGGUCCAACUGAAACAGCCCCCUAUCCACUGGCCGCCGCAGCACAUCUCCAGCCGGCGGCACCGAGACGGCGUGGCCGGGAAGCCCAACCCACUACUGAGCCGUCACAAGAAGUCUAGGGGCGCCGGGGAGCUGGCGGGCACGCUGACUUUCUCCAAGGAGCUGCCCAAGUCCCUGGCGGGCGGCCUGCUCCCCAGCCCCCUGGCGGUGGCUGCAGUGAUGGCAGCGGCAGCAGGCUCGCCGCUGUCCCUGCGCCCGGCUCCAGCCGCACCUCUUCUCCAGGGACCGCCGAUCACUCACCCUCUGCUUCACCCGGCCCCCGGACCCAUCCGAACUGCGCACGGACCCAUCCUCUUCUCCCCGUACUGACCUCAACCCUGAACCCCUCCCAUUCAACUCCCCACCUCCAGCCGGGACCCAGGCGUCCGGGAUCCCAGCCCGCCCCUCCUCCCGGCACUCCCUAAAUGAUCUCUCCUUCCCCCCCCCACCCCGAGAUACGGGGUUCCAGGAAAGGGGAGGGGUAGCGGGGGAGGGGGGCUUCAGAAGGGGGGGAACACCCCAGAUCUCAGGGAACCCCGCCCCCUGCCUUUCCCUCUCCCCUAGAAAAGGGGGGGCCGUCUCACCCCCGAGCCCCCUUGGAGACACCCCCCCUCCCAAAAGCCAUGUCCAUCCAGCCCUUUCCCCCCAAACCUAGCACAAAACGGGGUUCACAAGCCAUGGUGGGGGUCCCGGGGAGACAGAAAUGGAUUUUCUUGGCAAUAAGCGGACUCUGGGACUCCGGCCCCCUACCCCAAACUGAAGCGCUUCCGUGAACACCCCCGUCCUCCGUAGGGGGAGGGGAGCAGGCGGGAUCCUGGGUCCCUCAUAAGCACUUUGGUUUUACCGCCUGCAACCUCACUGUGCCCGCCCCGCACCGUGCCCCAGCCCCAGGUCUAGCCGGGCCCAUUGCAGGGGGCAGCACUUGGGGGCAUCUCCGGCACUUGGGUGGGACCAAGGAGAUGCCACCAUAGACCUUUCCCUCGCCUUCUUCCUCCCUAGUCCGGGUUCCAUUCUUUUCACCAGCACCCAUCGCCCAAGGGGUACCGAGGGGGGCAAGGGGUGUCCAGUCCAAGCCCACCCCCCGCCUCGCCUUCCGCAAAACUGUGAGCAAAAAGCAAUAGAAGCCUCGCCCCCGCCCCUCCCCUUCGCAGGAUUCGCCGAGUCUGUAGCCUCCCCGAUCCGAGUUCCUAGACCUCAUGGCUGUCCCCUCCCACCAGUCACCUCCACUGCACAACUCGGGCGGGGGUGUGACACCUCUGCCCCGCCCCCGAGUCCGUGGUUUCCGUAUCGUCAACCCUUCAGCCGCCGACCCGGGAGGGGUCUGGCCUACACUGGUCUUCCCCUUCCCAUCAACUCUUUCUGCUUGACAAUGUAGCAACCCCGGCCCCCCACCCACGGUCCUCCCCUUUUUCCUCUCCCUGACAAUAAAGUCUGAAUUUGUUCUGCCCUCCGC